AUGAGUAGAAACUUCAAAUUCAAACCAAAACCUUUAAAAACCUUGAAAUACGAACAACCUAAAACACAAUUACUCUUUGAGUUAUUCACCAUCGGCUCAGUUAUAAAGAGACUACCUGCCCAUUUACCUUUUCCAGAAGUGUCCAAAAUGCCAACUGUCGUUCAUUGGUUCCGCUUAGAUUUAAGAUUGCAUGACAAUCUUGCACUGAGAAAUGCAAUCAACGAAGCUGAAAAUCGUAAACAUAUUUUGAGACCAGUAUAUUUCUUAAACCCUGACAGUAUACAUAACAUAGGUACAAAUAGGUUGCGGUUUCUUAUACAAAGUUUACAAGAUUUAGAUGCGAACUUACGUAAGCUCAACACCCGUCUAUAUAUUAUAAAGGAUACAGCUAUUAAUUGCUUACCUAAACUGUUUCAAAAGUGGCAAGUCAAAUUUUUGACAGUACAAGUAGAUAUUGACCCUCACCUUGUAGAUCAAGAUGAUGCUAUUGAGAAAGUUGCUGAAGAAAAUGAUAUUUUUAUAGUCAAAAGGGUUCAACACACAGUUUAUGAUGUCCAUAGUGUUCUAAAAAAGAAUAAUGGCAGUGUACCAUUGACAUAUCAAAAAUUUCUUUCAUUGGUACAGGAUAUGCAAGUUAAAGAAACAAUAGAUAUUAAUAAGCAAAUAUCGGAGUGCUGUAAGGCUGAAGAUUAUAAUUCUAAAGAAUAUGAUGUACCAACUUUAGAAGAAAUUGGUGUUGAUGAGUCAACUUUAUCUGAAUGUAAAUAUCCAGGUGGGGAAACUGAAGGCUUAAAAAGACUUAAUGUGUAUAUGUCAAGAAAGCAGUGGGUUUGUAAAUUUGAAAAGCCUAAUUCAUCACCAAAUAGUAUUGAACCUAGCACAACAGUCUUAAGUCCUUACCUCAGUCAUGGUUGCCUUUCGUCAAGAUUGUUUUAUCACAAACUUAAAGACGUUGAAAAUGGAAUGCUGCACACACAACCACCUGUGUCACUUUUAGGACAGUUGAUGUGGAGAGAAUUUUAUUACACAGCAGGUGCAGGCACUGAAAACUUUGAUAGAAUGGUUGGCAAUAAACUUUGUACACAAAUACCUUGGGGUGAGAAUACUGAACACCUUAGAGCGUGGGCUGAAGGGAGGACAGGCUAUCCUUUCGUAGACGCCAUUAUGCGUCAGUUGAAGCAAGAAGGAUGGAUUCACCACUUAGCUCGACACAUGGUUGCUUGUUUUUUAACGAGGGGUGACUUAUGGAUUUCUUGGGAAGAAGGAGCUAAAGUAUUUGAGAAUUACCUUCUUGACUAUGACUGGUCAUUAAAUGCUGGUAAUUGGAUGUGGCUUUCUGCAUCUGCAAUCUUUUAUAAAUAUUUUAGAGUUUACAGCCCUGUUGCAUUUGGGAAGAAAACUGAUAAAGAUGGCUUGUACAUUAGAAAGUAUGUUCCAGAGUUAAAAAAAUAUCCAAGUGAAUAUAUUUAUGAGCCCUGGAAGGCACCUAAAUCUAUACAAACUAAAGCUGGAUGUGUGGUGGGUAUUGGGUAUCCAAAACGCAUUGUUGAUCAUGACAAAAUUCAUAAAGAAAAUAUGCAAAAAAUGUCCUUAGCCUAUAAGAAUAAUAGAGAAAAGAAAGCUAUGAAGAGACCAAGGUCAUAA